AAGGCAAAACAGUAUUGAGUACUUCAAUUGUGUCUACAUGCAAGCCCAAGAAAUCGCCAGGAAAUUGGACGUUGAACUGAAAAUCCCAAGAUUAUGUGGGCGUCAAACUCAACGGUCCAAUCAUCCAUCAGCAACAACAGAAGAGUACUUUAGACUCACUGUGUAUGUUCCAGUACUGGAUAAUAUAAUUCAGGAUCUAAAGACAAGAUUCACAUCUGAUGUCCUUAACGUAUUCCACCUCCCCCUACUGCUUCCAGAGGGAAUUGUAAAUACUAGUGUGCAAGAUAUGCAAAAAUCAAUUGAUCCUAUUAUGAAUAGAUUUGGUUCAAUAAUGAAAGAUAAUCGUGACCUGUCUUCCCUGAAGCUUAAUGCAGAAAUGGCUCAUUGGAGAAACAAAUGGCAGAGAAAUAAUAAGGAAGGGUUGCCAUUACCAACAAACGCUUUGAAUGUCUUGAGAGAAUGCGAAAAAGACAUCUACCCAAUGAUCCAUUUUCUAUUGAGAGUUUUGUGUACUUUACCUGUAAGUAACGCAAGCUCAGAAAGAUCUUUCUCAACUCUGCGACUCUUAAAAACUUGGUUGAGGAGUACAAUGUCGGAGAACCGUCUAGUAGGAUUGGCCCUACUUUACAUUCACCCGGAUAUAGUUAUAGAUCCUGAAAAAAUUGUUGAGAGGUUUGCCAAAUCAGGGACCCAUAGAAUAAUUUUAUAAUUUUGCCUAUCCUUGUAAAUAAACAAUUAAUAGAAACUUUGCUACGGUAGUCAAGAAUUCUUUUUAUUAUAUUACUGAUUGCUUUCCUUAUCACAAUUACAUAAAUAAUAACAGUUGUUAUCAUUAGCCUACAGUUUAGUCCUGAUUAUUGAUUUUUUUUCUAUUAUAGGCCUAAUAAUUAUUA